AUGCCGAAUUCUAAUCUAACAUUGAUAAGGGUCAGGGGCAAGAGACACAAAACUUCAAUCUCUGCAGUCGAAGAUGUGGCACGCAAAGCCCGCAUAGCGAACAGGAACAAAUCCUGCUCGUCUCGUCCGUCUAAAAACCCGGUCAAACAUAAACAUUCAGAUAAAAUUCGUUUGCGUGAUGGCAGUCGUGCUAAGAUGGUAGCAGGUAAGCGUGUCGGCCACCUCGAAGCCCUCCCAGUCGAAUUGAUAGAAAAAAUAUUCCUGCAUUCACUGGAGUUUAAUUUCGCUAGGGUUUCGCCAGCUUUUGGGGCUCUCUUAUCCCGAAUGCGUGUCUUCAGGAUUUUGACGUUUCUUGCGUUCUACAACGACCCGAGACCCGAUGAUGGACGCAGCGCAGCAUAUAUCUCGAACUUCCUCCGGCCACUGGAAUACGUCCCCCUGGGUCCCAAUGCGCAAAAGGCUCUCCAAGCCGAGGUUAUCAAUUGCCCGUGGUUUAAUUUAUCCCUUCUUAAGCAGUGCCAUCGUGAUGUGUUUCAUGUGACGUUGCAGAACUUCGUGUUUGGGGAUUCGACAUGUUCAUUUGGGUUGGUACUCGACAACCCAGAUUUUGAUCUUUUGACCAAGCACCUCGAUAAGAAUCCAGAGGAUUGGGGAGCCUAUUUCAAAGGAAAGGACCGGCACGGCGAAUCUUGUCACUUGAAGAUUCAAGUCCACAGGGUGGGCGUUAUGUCCAAUGUGCUUUGGGCUCCUGAUUUCCUCCCAAUGGUUGUUUGGACGGUCCCGGAUGAAUUUUUCGCGGAGAAGCCUUGGACGGAAGACAAGUUUUGUCUUUUGCACUCCCUUCUCUUGUAUGCGCCCCACGACUUUUUGCUCUCGGCACCGAAUUAUCUUCGACCCAACACUACGAUCGAUAUUUCACGAGACAAGAUACAAGGCUGCAUCCAUCAUGCCAUCACCCUAGAAAAUGUUAGACUUCUUUCCAUGCUGCUAUCAUGGGAUGAAAGGGCUCAUCGCUACUCUUCGGUGCUGAGUCCAAGCACCCAGAAUACUCAGAAUCCCGAGAGUUAUGGGACGCCCGGCGAACGCUAUGGGAUACCCGGCGAGCAUUUCGUAACUGCCACCCGGCAGUCCGAGCAUCCAGGUCUCUUUCAGGUGCUGCUACGCGCGAAUGCGGAAUCAAUCCCAUAUGAUGAUCUGGAAAUUACAUCCUGGGCAAUGAGGCAAGGAGACCGCGCUUUUGGGGAUUGGUUACUCAAUUAUAUGAUCGACGUUCCGGCUCGGAGACGAGAUAAUUCUUCGCUGUUCUCGGGUGGGUGGGCUACCAGGUUUGCCCGUCACUCCGAGGACUUCCCCGACGAUCCAGACUGCUACAUUUGGUGGGACGCCUUUGAAAAGUACGUGGAAGGGCAUGUGGCCGGGUUGGAGGUGCCUGAGUUGGGGAUGAGAUAG